UCCUCAGAGCGUGUGUUCUGCACAGACGUGCGUUUCGGUCGCUUUGCUGGAGUUCAGAAGUUUGAGCCUCCCCUGGAGUGCUGGCUGCGGGAGGCGGGGUUUCCUGUCUCCAAUGAGGAGCCUCCCGGGUCAGGAAAGCCUGUCGUCGUCCACAGAGGCUUCCUCUGUGAUCCGGGCGGUAGCCACGCAGCCUGUUUAUUGUUUGUGGAGCCCUGUGGUCCCGGGGUUCAGGGCCAGGGGGAGGGCGUGGGGUUCGUGACUGCGCUGUGCCGGACGAGCGAGCCGAACUCUGAUUUCCCCGUCACCUGUGGGUGAACUUGAGACUGGGCGCCUGGGCUGACGCUGAAUCUGCCUCUCCAGCCCGGGAGUUCCUUCCGCCUUACUCUUGCCCUCGUGGGGAGACGCCUGGGAGAGGCGGGGGACUCCCGGACGUGAUGCUGGGCGCACACCAAGGAGCCUUGCUUGUGUUCUUCGCCAAGUCCUGACAAGUGUGCCUGAAAUGGACACCCUGCUUCCUUUUUUACAAUUGUACUUUUCUUUGUUUUUAUUUUUAUUUUGGGGGGAGCUGUGGACAUCCCUGACCUAGAAACCAAGUACCACACUGUGGCUAGUGUAAAAAAAUAUAUAUUUUUUCUUAACCCCUCGUUUUCCUUUUCUUUGUAAUUGGGUGAUGUAGAAGCAGUCUUUCUGCGUGAAGCGUGCCUCUCUCUCAACACUGAGUAAAUGGGAAGGAGCAGGCUUGAUUAAAGGACCUGGAACAGUUUUAAACAUCAAGGCUUUUUGUUUGUUGGGCUGUCCUUUGUCUGUAGUCGAUUUUGAUGUGAAAGAAGAUGAAAAAGGACGGCUCAUCAGGUUCCCUCAGACUCAAGUCCAGCCCGGGUUCUCUCUCACGUGCUGUGAGUUGGUUGAAUUUCUCCUCCUUGUCCAGGCAGACAAAGAGGCUGUUUCGCAGUGAUGGAGAGCUCUCGGUUUGUGGGCAGCAGGUGGAAGUGGAUGAUGAAAACUGGACAUGCAGAAGCCAGCCGAGAAAAGCGGUUUCCAACCUAGAUGAGGAGAGCAGAUGGACGGUCCACUACACUGCCCCCUGGCACCAGCAGGAGAACGUGUUCCUUCCCACCACGAGGCCGCCCUGCGUGGAGGACCUGCACCGCCAAGCCAAGCUCAACCUCAAAUCAGUGCUGAGGGAGUGUGACCAGCUGCGGCAGGAUGGCUCCCGGAGUUCUCAGUACUACUCCCAGGGGCCCACCUUUGCAGCCAGCUCCAGCCCCCUGGCCCAUGACGAUCAGGACGAGGAUGAGGAAUCAGAUCAGAAGGGUUCCAUCUCUUCGUCGGAAGAGGAAAGACUUAUUUCCAUCAGGAGACCUAAGACGCCAACCUCAAGUGACUUCUCCGACCUUAAUACUCAAACCAACGGGGCCAAGUCACUUCCCUUGCCGACGCCGGAAGAAAAGACGCGGCAGCAGGCCCAGGCGGUCCAGGCGGACGUGGUUCCCAUCAACAUCACGGGGGAGAAUUUCGAUCGCCAGGCCAGCCUUCGGCGGUCUCUAAUUUACACAGACACUCUGGUAAGACGACCGAAGAAAGUCAAAAGGAGAAAGACUAUUGCAGGAGUCCCUGACAGCGUACAGAAGGAGCUAGCAUUAGGCACUGGCCAAGAUGAUGGUGGUGGUCCCUCAGUGUACACCUCGGACCACUACUCUUCACUGGGACGGCUUGGCAGCUAUGGGUCUGCUGGGCAGCGCUCAGAAACCAGGGACUCCAGCUGUCAGACCGAGGAGGUGCGAGUCGUCCCGCCGUCAAUGAGAAGAAUCCGGGCGCAGAAGGGGCAGGGCAUUGCUGCGCAGAUGGGUCACUUCUCCGGCUCCUCGGGGAACAUGUCUGUGCUGAGCGAUUCUGCGGGCAUAGUGUUCCCUUCUCGCCUCCACCACGAGGCAGGUUUCCGCAGCCUGCCACGCUGCGCAGCCAGGGCGAGCGCGCAGUCCCUGGAGCCGAGGCUGGGGGCCCUGGGCCCUGCAGACAGCCUGGAUGGCGCUUUCCCCUACGAGAGGGAUGACCCGCAGGUAGAGGGAAACUCAGGACAUUUAGGAGGCGCCUCAAGGACUGGGACACUUCUGAGGCCCAGAUCGCAGGAGCUGAGGCACUUCGAGGGAGAAAACCUAACCAGCCCGGCGUGCGUGGUGUCUCCCCACGCGGCCUACUCCACCAGCAUCAUCCCCAACGCCACGCUCUCCUGCUCCUCGGAGGUCAUCGUUAUUCACGCCGUGCCGUGCUCAGGGCCGCUGGACAGCAGAAGUACCAGCUCCUCCCACACGAAGAUAAAAUCCAGGGACCGCCUCCUCUCCAGGCGCGCUGGUCAAGAUGACCGUCGAUCUCCCAGUGGCAGCUGGAAUGAGGGUCACUCCUCUCUCUUACAGGCCUUAGGCCCCCAUUCCCCCAGUGCAGCCACACUGCUGUCCCUCUGUGACUCUGCGGUCUCUCUAAAGACCCCGGCACAUCUGGAGAACGGGUCCCCCGGCGCGGCCUUCAGCUGUAGAAACAAGCUGGGCUUCCCAGCGCUCCCUCAGGAUGCGGACGGCGGGAGCGAGCCCAGUUAUUCCGGAGGCCGGGGGCCCGGCGGCGCAGAGCCCUGGGAAUGCAGCGCCACCGGGAAGCCAGGGGCGGCCACUCCUGGUUACUCCAGUCCCGUCAGUAACCUGAGCAGCUGCAGUCUGGACCAAACGUCGAACAAAGAUGAUGCCGGGUCCCUGUAUUUGGGGGACCACGAUGGCUACUACGCAUCCGUAUACCCCGACUCUGGACGCGGACCUGUGGAUCUCUGCAGCAGCGGCGACAGCUUUGGGAACCCCAGGCACAGCGUGGUCAAUGUUUUCGAUGAGAGAGCUCAGAAGAGCCAAGGGAACCGGUCCCAUUACCACGACAAGUCCCUUUCGCGAAGCAUCUCUUUGAAGAAGGCGAAGAAGCCUCCCCUGCCGCCGUCGCGGACGGAUUCUCUGCGCAGGAUGCCCAGGAAGGGCGCCCCGGGACCCGGGCAGGCGCUGAACGGGGGCCCGAGGGCCUCGCCCCCGCACGCGCUGCGGCUGGACCUCGGGGGCGCGGGCGGCAGCUCGUCCUCCCAGAGCCCCUGCAGCGACGCAGACGAGCCGUGGCUGCCACGUUCCCGCAGCCAGAGCACGGUCAGCGCGGGCAGCAGCGGGGCCUCGGCCACCACGCCCACCGCCUCCUCCCUGUGCGGGGCCGUGCACAGCGACACGAGCAGCAGUAGGUCCGAGGGCGCAGAGCCCUGGCCUCAGUGUGCGGACGGCCCCGGCUCGCACGGGGACGCGGGGGCCGGGGGCGCGCCGGCGGGGGGCGCGCGGGGAUGGCCUGUGCACGGGGGUUGCGGGGCCGCCGGGGCUGGGUGCUCGGUCACGGCGGGGAGCCCGGCACGCAGGGUAACCUCACCGUCCAGCGGGUACUCCAGCCAGUCCAACACGCCCCCCGCACUCACCCCAGUGCCCGCGCUCCUCAAGGCCAAGGCCAAGCCCAGGGUCCCCGAGAGGAAGUCCUCCCUGGUUUCCUCGGGGUCCUUGUCCGCGUCCUCCACAUCCCUCUCCUCCAGCACCUCGGCGGACGGGGGUGGGAGCGCAAGGACGCCGGCCUCCGCACCUCCUUUUCCCCCUCCGCCCUUCCCCCCUCCGCCUCCCUUGGCGGAGACCCCCGAGGGCGCUCUUCUGCCUCAGUCCCCCUUGUUCCCCCCUCCGCCACCACACCUGCUCCCCCCUUGUCCCCCCACGGUCCCCGGCCCCCUGCUUCUGGAAUCUUCUGCCCCUGCAGUGCCCCCGCCUGCCCCACCCCUGGACCCUAAGCUGCUGGAGGAUGCCCGGCCUCCUUUCAGAGACUCUGGCCGGGCAGAGCCCCCGCGGGAGGCCCGCCGUCGGCCCCCGGACCCGGAGGAGGGCAGGCCGCCCCCGCUGAUAACCCGGGAGGCGCUGCGCACCGUGCAGCUGCGGCCGGUGAGGACGAUCCUGGGGCCCGAGGCAGCCCCGUCCUGCGGGCAGGGGCCCCGGGGAGAACUCACGCCGGCCACUCCCCAGGACCGCGGGAAGGCGCCUGCUUCCCCGAAAUCCCGAAAUAGCGCAAACGGGAUGCAGAGCGAGAGCACACGCGCCUGCGCCCCCGGCUCGCGUUCCACUCCCGCUGGGAGCCCGGGCGGGGGCCGCGGGGACACUGGGGACCCGGGGGACCCAGGGGCUGGGCCUGGCCCCUCGCCCAGCAGGAAGCCACCCCCCAUCGCCAAGAAGCCCAGGCUGGUGCUCGUGGUGCCGCCUCCGCAGAGACAGCUCCCUGCGCCCGGCUCCCCCGGGGGAGAGGCGGGGCGCUACGCGGCCGGGGCCGGGCCAGAGGAGACUGCCGCGGCGUCCGCGUCCCCGCACGCUGUGGACGCCGAUGUCCCCGCGGUGCAGCCCGACGCCCGGCGGGCCCCCGAGCCGGAGGAGCCGGAGGAGCGGCGCGCAGAGGACGGAGCGGACCGCACGGGGAGCUGCUCGGCUCUGCAGGACUCGCGGCCUGGGGUGCCAGAGCCCGAGGCAGCCGGCCCUUCCUCGGAGGCUUGGGACCUCCCCAAGGAAGAGGGGAGCGAUGAGGCCAUGACCCCCAGCAGGCCCCGGACCACGGAGGACCUCUUCGCAGCUAUUCACAGAUCCAAGAGGAAAGUCCUUGGCCGUAAAGAUUCGGAUGAUGACCACUCUCGAAACCACUCCCCCUCCCCCCCAGUGACCCCCACCGGAGCUGCCCCCAGCCUGGCCUCCCCGAAGCAGGUGGGGUCAAUUCAGAGGAGCAUCCGCAAGAGUAGCACCAGCAGUGACAACUUCAAGGCCCUGCUGCUGAAGAAGGGCAGCCGGUCAGACGCCGGCGCCCGCAUGUCCGCCGCCGAGAUGCUCAAGAACACUGACCCCAGGUUCCAGCGGUCAAAGUCGGAGCCUUCGCCAGACGCGCCUGAGAGCCCAUCGAGCUGCUCCCCGAGCAGGAGCAGGAGGGCCCAGGAGGAGUGGGCCAGGGGCGAAGGCCUGAUGCCACGGAGCCUGUCCUUUUCGGGCCCCAGGUAUGGCCGCAGCCGGACGCCGCCGUCUGCAGCCAGCAGCAGGUACAGCGUGCGGAACCGGAUCCAGAGCAGCCCCAUGACCGUCAUCUCGGAGGGAGAAGGGGAGACCAUGGAGCCUGCUGACGACAGGGCUCACUGGACCCUGGGCGCUACCAGGAGCUGUCCACUGGAUGGACUGGCAGGGGACGAAGUAUUUGAGGGCAGUCUGCUCCAUGGCGGGGAGCCAGCCGCCUCCCUGCGGGCACAGUCUCCUGGCCCUGCGGACGAGACGGCCGGUGCAGAGGGCAGGAGUCCCUCAGAACAGUGCGCAGGUCCUCUGGGGGAAGAGAGUUAGGGGCGCGGAUGUGGGUCUCCCCGGUGAUGUGGGGGAUGCACAGCAGGUCGCUCCACGGGGCCUGGCAGGUCCCCCCACCUGGCCCGUGGCCCCACUCAGGGUUAUGUCUGGGCCCUGCAGUGAAACAAGAGGGCUCUUGAGGACUCUUGGGACUUGCCAUGUGGCUUAAAAGCAGGUAGAAGCUUAACUUCUGGAAGUGCUUCCUGGGGAAGAUUUUGUUUUUUGCUAAAUGCUGGGUGUGUGUGUAGGGGGCUGUGUGUGUGUGCAUUUUGAAUGCUUUUUAUGUUAAAAAAAAUACACAAACAGCACGUACAGAAAUAGGAGAAAGAAAGAAAGCAUUAAGCUGGGUCUAGUAACGAGUCCUCUGGACUGGGUGGUGAUUGCUUUACAAGUGUCACAUCUGUGGCGUCGGUGAGUUCCAGAGGGGAGAGACCGUUACUUCUGAGCAGGGGUGGUGGGUGUGCUGGUCUGAGCGCACGGACACAUGGGCACACACACAGGCAUGCUCUGUGGCUCGGGGGGGCCGUGUCCUGGUUCACCCAGAAAGCUGGAAAACGGCUAAGUGACCCAUUGGUUCAGGUACUUUUUUCUGGGGAAAAAAGGCUUUGUUUCUUUUUUGUAAAAAUGAAACACAGUGGAAGUGUCCAUGCUGUAACAUGGAGCCUGCUGCAGUGCAGCCACAGACACACAUCUUUCAGCCUGAUUUUUAGAAAUGUGGGUGAUUUUUUAAUGACUUCCUCCUUGAGCAGCAGCUGAGACCUUUGAGAGCUGGAGUGACGGGGCGCACAUGGAGAGAGGAGGGGGCAGCGGGGUGAGGGACAUGCUGCUGGAAUGUGUUUCCUGCUUAUUAAAUAAAGUUAUUUUUCAGGAUUAAAUUUAAAAACUUGCACUACAGAACUGUGGGUGGGGCUUUUCCUUUUACAACUGUUUUUUACCAGAGUUUAAACUUCCAUUUGGCAAUUUCUUAUCACUUGAAGUGUCAGCAUUUGUUAACUUUUGGAUAUCCUUCUGGUCACACCAAAGAAAAACGGCUGUUUUUUCUAGAAUUCCCUACGGUUUCAUGUCCUCAUUUAGAAAGGUUUAUCAAGAUCUAUUAUAUGUUAUCUUACUUUGAAGAAAAUGCUGAAUAGCUCUUGUUAGUCAAAUAAACUGAUGAAAAUUGUCAGGGCCUGGCUAUUAAUUAGCCCUGGGAAAUGGGUUUUUAGAUUAAAAAGAUUUUUUGCCUCAUUUGGUUUGUGCAUUUUUAUAUUUUUUAUAAAUAAUUGAGCUGGCUACUUACCUUCUAAUCUUCUCCAGUUAGAAUUUUAACACUUGUAGACAGGGGAGAAGAGUGUGUCGAGUAUUUAUUUUUAUGUCGUAUUCUUUUGGCCCCUUCCCCCAUCCCUCCCUCCCGGAUGCCAUGUACAUAGGCCCCUUGAUUUCUUUAAAUAAAACAGAGUCUUGUCUCCUUCAUUAGAAGGACCUAAGAUGACAACACUGAGAUUCUUGGCCUAAAUACCAUGCAGCUGCCAAUUGUCAUCUUUUUUGGUAUGAAAAUAUCAUUUUAUUAUUUAUCUAAUAAAACUAUAGAUACCCAUUUUGUUCCUGUCUUUGAGACAAAAACAAACCUGAGGAAUUUAGGCUCCUUCCCUUCUCUGAAGAAAACAGAUCACUUCUUUUCAUACAAGCAGAUCAAGACCUGACAUCUGGCCAAGGGCAAAAGGCCUUUUUAGCAACAUGGUGCACAAGGGUCUUUUCUUCUAAACUUGAGAAAAGUGGUGUUGGCGUUUGAAUUCGCAGUCUUCUCAUAACUACCUAAGAAAGAUUAGAAUGUACGUGGAUAUCAGAAAACUUUAAUAUAUAAAUCAUUUAUGUUGAAGGUAAGAUAAGCAACAUCAAAACUAAUUAUAAAACUAUAAAAAUCCCCGUUUUUAAAGGAAAAAAUAUAUUAGGUUUUUAAAUUUGCUUUGAAUAAAACAACUGUAAAGUAAAUAUUUGA